GGGUUGGCAGACGAAUCGCAGCCGUAGCCGUAGCAAGGCAGUCGUCGACGUCGACGUGUGUGUGUGGUGUGUUCUCAAAUUGGUCCAAUUUUGGAACCCCCUGGGAAGAAGAUUGCUGUGGCGCAGGUUCCCGCAGGUCGGAUUCGUACGCAUUCCAUGCGCUAGAGCUGGAGAAAGGCGUUUUUGCGAGGCACGGCAGUAGGCGUUGAUUCCUGGAAGAAGCGCUUCGCGGAAGUGAAAGAGGAAGAUUUCGUGGUGGUGCAUCCAAGUGACCCAAGGGAAAUUUGAACUUGAAGGAUUACCUGCGGAACGACGACAAUAGCAACCAUGCUAGCGAGACAGGUUAUCUUGAGCGGCACUUCCAACGCCCUGAAGACCAUUUCGGCGGCGACGGCGUCCCCGACCAAGAGUCUAAUGCCCAAGUCAACGGCGCCAUCGGCUGCGCCGACGCGCCGGUACCAUGAGGUGACCGGGGACAUCAUCAGCCCCUCGAUGGUCAUGGGCAUCGAUCAUCUGCGUGACCCGCGCUUGAACAAGGGUUUGGCGUUUACCCUGGAGGAGCGCCAGGUGCUGGGCAUCCACGGGCUGCAGCCGGCUCGGUUCAAGAACCAGGAGGAGCAGCUGGAGCUGUGCCGGAUUUCGAUCUCGCGCUACCAGGAAGAUCUCAACAAGUAUCUGUACCUGGUCGACCUGCAGGAUCGUAACGAGAAGCUGUUCUUCCGGCUGAUCUCCGAGGACGUGGAGAAGAUGAUGCCGAUCGUGUACACGCCGACCGUGGGGUUGGCCUGUCAGAAGUUUGGGCUGAUCUACCGCCGACCUCGUGGUUUGUUUGUCACGAUCAACGAUCGUGGGUACAUUUACGAGGUUCUGCGGAACUGGCCCGAGUCGGACGUGCGCGCCAUUGUGGUGACGGACGGCGAACGGAUCCUCGGAUUGGGUGACCUGGGCGCCUGCGGAAUGGGCAUUCCGGUCGGUAAGCUCGCCCUGUACACUGCCUUGGCCGGUAUCCCACCGCACCAGUGUUUGCCGAUCGUGAUCGAUGUCGGCACGAACAACACCGCUCUGCUCGAGGAUCCACUGUACGUCGGCCUUCGCCACAACCGCAUCCAGGGUAAGGAGUACGAUGACUUCAUCGACGAGUUCAUGGAGGCCGUCGUCAAGCGAUACGGCCAGAAUACGUUGAUCCAGUUUGAGGACUUUGGUAACCACAACGCUUUCCGCUUCCUGGACAAGUACCGUGACACGUACUGCACGUUCAACGACGAUAUCCAGGGAACGGCCUCGGUUGCCGUAGCUGGUUUGCUGGCUUCGAAGCGCGUCACCGGCAAGAAGAUCUCCGAGAACACGUUCCUGUUCUUGGGUGCCGGUGAAGCCGCGAUCGGUAUUGCUGAUCUCGUCUGCAAAGCCAUGCAGGUCGAAGGUUUAACCCUGCAGGAAGCCCGCGACAAGAUCUGGCUGUUCGACAUUGACGGUCUGCUGGCCAAGGGCCGUCCCGAGGGUCGCCUCGGUGGCCACAAAGCCUUCUACGCCAAGGAGCACAAAGUGAUGAAGAACUUUGCCGAGGUCGUCAACGAGGUGAAACCUUCGGUGCUGAUCGGUGCUUCGGCCGCCGGAGGUGCCUUCACCCCGGAAAUCCUCCAAGCCAUGGGCAAGAACAACGACCGGCCCAUCAUCUUCGCUCUGUCGAACCCGACCUCCAAGGCCGAGUGCACUGCCCAGGCCGCGUACGAUAACACCGAGGGUCGCUGCAUUUUCGCGUCCGGUUCGCCCUUCCCGCCCGUCCAGUACGGCGGCAAGACUUUCCUGCCCGGCCAGGGCAACAACGCGUACAUCUUCCCGGGCAUCGCACUCGGGGUGAUCGCCACCGGCACGCACCACAUCCCGGAGGACAUGUUCCUGAUCGCGGCCCAGGCCGUGGCGGAUCACGUCGCGCAGGAGGACCUGGACAAGGGCUCGCUGUACCCGCCGCUCGGUGCCAUCCGGGACUGCUCGCUGGAGAUUGCCGUCGGGGUGACCAAGUUUGCGUAUGAGAAGGGACUGGCCUCGACUUACCCGGAGCCCAAGGACAAGCUGGCCUACAUCAAGACGCACCUGUACAACUUCAACUACGAGUCGGCCAUGCCCGUCACCUGGAAGUGGCCCCCGCAGAAGGAAGUCACCGGCGGUUCGAUCAACCCGACUCAGCUGCAGGCAUAAGCUGAGCCGAUCUGUCCCUGUCCCAAAACACCCCAGUAUUUAUUUCCUCACCACCGCAGUCGGUCUCAAAACAAAACCCCCUGGAAUCUACACGAAAUCCCUAUUUAUUUGCGCCGAGCGACGAAUUUAAUUUUACGCGAAAAAUUGCCCCCCCCCUUUCCCACCACGGAAAACGAAAAGCUGCUUUCAUUUCCAUCUAAACUCCUUGUGAUAAUAAGUUGAGAGUACCGUGUUGUAGUGUUUUAGAUUGAUGAAUUGAUCCACUUAGCCAGCGCGUUAGAUGAGUUAUGUUCCUGACACACAAACAACUGCAAACGAUCGAGAAUCGUUACACCACACACACAGACACACACAAACAAAGAAAUAGUUAGUCACACCUUUAAAAAAAAAGCGACGGUGAAAAUUAGGACGUUUGACAAGUUUCAAAGCGGAAGAUUCGUGAAUUAAAAUUUUAAGAAAGGCAAAGUUUAGUUUCAAUCUGCGUACUGAUAUCUGUAUUGAUGAAUUGUGUAAAGUUGAUACAGGAAAACUCUCAAAUAAAUUGUGACAUUAAAAA